CUCCUGGUGUCUGUCAGUGACCGCCCACUGCACGGAGCUGAAGAAAGUGUUGCUUUGUGAAUGACGGGAGCGCAGAAAACAAACUUCAGCGCUUCAUUUCUCCAGCCUGCGUCCAUUUUCUCCGCAGCCGCCAAAGUUCGGACGCAUGAGAAGCGACGCCGGAGCGACGGGGGCCGCGGAAGGACGAAGCUGCUGUGCCGUUGAAGUCUUCCAUAAAAACGGUAGAAGAUGUUUGUUACUGUAGCCGUCUGUUUCCACCUGCUGGCGUGGGUCGGUGCGGACCCCUGCCUCAUUAUCAGCGAGAUCAACGCUGACAACCCCAGACUGGACACGGCUGAGUUUGUGGAGCUGUACCACACCAGUGGACAGCGAGCCUCUCUGGAUGGAUACACCCUCGUGUUUUAUAACGGGAACGGAAACAUAGCCUACAAGGUGCUGGACCUCAAGGACCACAGCACGGACGACAGAGGCUUCUUCCUGGUGGGCUCGGUGGACUUGGUGCCGAAGGCCGCCAUCCUCCUGCCCCCAAACACGGUCCAGAACGGCCCAGACGCCGUAGUUCUCUACCACAGCUCUGCUGCCCGCUACACGGAAAAGAUGAACGUGACGGCGGUGGGGCUGGUGGACGCCGUGGUCUACAUGACGCGGCGCUCUGGAGGAGCUGAGUUCCUGGCGGAGAUCCUGACCCCCGGGGAGCAGGCCUUUGUGGAAGACGAAGCGGCGCACGAGUCGGACGAGUCGAUGGAAAGGUGCCUGCUCUCUGAAGACCAGUGGGGCUUCCAGUUGUCCCUGCCGUCACCGGGUCAGCGGAACAACUGCACGCCGCCCGCCGCCCCGUUGACCAGCCCCUUCAUCAACGAGCUGAAGCUGGGUGGAGGACAGGUGGACGGGCUGGUGGAGCUGACGGAUGCUUCAGCAGCAGGUCCUAUAGUGAUGGUGGUGUGGGAUGGCAAAACAGACAAAGUUAGUGUCAGCAUGGACGUGGACACCUCCAGGAAUGGACUCAUCUACGUGACCGUACCCAAGAAAUACAUGAAAGGAGACGAGUCUGGUGCCGUGGCCGUUUACAGCGGCAGAGCUGCAGACUUUCCGGUGGGGAGUCCGCUGAGCCAGACGCAGCCUCUCGAUGCAUUCGUAUUCGCCGGUCCUGGAGACGUGCCAAGCUCCAACCUCACAGAGACGCUCAUCCCAGGCAGGCUGGCAUUCACGCUCAGUAACAGUUUGCGAGAGGGAGGCUUCUAUCUCAGCCGUUGUGGUGUGGCCACCUGGGCCAGAGAUCCUGGUGUUUUCUGGGAGGCCCCACAAACUCCUGGGUUGCCCAACAAGUGCCCCUGGCCAAAAAUCUGCCCUCACACCAUUUUGAUUCCUGGAGGUACGGACUCACCGCCUCACCUCCCACCUGGGAGCAGCGGAGACUUCCUGAUCAACGAGCUGAACACCGACACGCCCGGUGCAGCCGAGGACGGCGAGUACAUCGAGCUCUGGCACCCGUCGGGCCUCAGGUCCUCCUUACAGGGCGUCUGGAUUCUGCUCUUCAGCGCCCACAACAACAAGCCGUACCGGGAGAUCAGCCUGAGCGGGCACUUCACCACCUCCAAAGGUUAUUUCCUGCUGGGCAGCGACAGGCUGGUGCCGGCGCCGUCUCUCCGCCUUCCUCCCAACACCAUCCAGAACGGACCGGACGCCGUGGCGCUCUACCGCAGCCCGUACGGCCCGCCGUCGGCCACGCAGCGGGGGAUCCCAACGAAGGGGCUGCUGGAUGCGGUGGUCUACCGGCAGAGGGGGUCCGAUAAGGAGGCACAGGAGCUGAGUAAGGCUCUGACCCCAGGGCAGCUGCCGUUGUUGGAGGAUCCAGACUUUCUGCCCGGGGAUGAAGCCCUCAGCCGCUGCGGAGGCCUUUACCCGCUGGACCUUUCUGCUUUCUCGGUGGCUCCACCCACACCUCUGCGGGAAAACCACUGCCCCCGCCCUCCUCCGGCACCUGAAGGCGUUGUCAUCAGCGAGGUGGCCAGUGGGCGCUGGAGCAAUCACAGCCAGCAGGCGGCCUUUGUGGAGCUGCGCGGACCGCCCAUGACCCAGCUGAGAGGCCUGGUGCUGUCGGUGUUUGACCAGGACCGCAGCGGGACCGUCAUCGCUCUGCCUCUGAAAGGAGCUAUUGACCAGGAUGGGUUUUACGUCGUUGGAAACGUCACAGAAGCAGAUCAGGUGUUUCCUGACGGCACCACGGUGCCGGCGCGAGGAGCGGUGGUCCUGUGCUACGACCUGUUCAGUGUCUGCAGAGCCGGCACUGCUCUCACCAACUCCAGCCUCCGGGACGUGUUAGUGUUCAGUGAGAACCAGCGGCUGCUGUCCUCUCUGUCCACCACCAGGGGGAGACAAGUGACGCCUGCGCUAAGGUCCGUGAGGAACGGUCCCAUCUCCAUCAGCCGCUGCUCCUGCUGUGAGGUCCGCAGCCCGUCCUCGUGGUCCAGUUCGUCGCCCACGCCUCACCGCAACAACCUCUGUCCAAGCUCCGCCUACUCGAGUCAAAUCGAUCUCUGCCUUGGGCCCCUGGCCGACGACUGGCAAGAGCAGCCGGGGGACUGCGGUGGCCUGAGUCACGGUAAGAAGACGGCUGAGGUGGCGGACUACCUGGAGCAGAGGUGUCACUGUGGGAUAUCUGCGCUCCACCUGCAAGGAGCCAACUUUUCCUGUGUGUCCGGAUGGCUGCGGGUGUGGGGGGACAUCCAGGCGCUGUCAGACCACCAGAGGGCGCUCAUCAUCCAGACUUCCAGCAUGAACUCCUCUCCUGCUCAGGCCGAGGCUUGUUCUUCUCCCACCACAGACCGUUUCACAGGAGCGGCAUCGGCCCUGGGGUUGCAGAUUGGACUGAUCAUAGCGGUGCUCCUGCUGCUCGGACUUGGAGCUGCUUUGUUCACGUAUCUCUACAGGAGGAGGCGUCCUCUGGACUAUUACACCAUGGAGCUGAGCGAACACGCAGAGGGACUCUCGGACCAAUAAUCAAAGCUGCAUGUGGACGAGCCGGCGUGCGAGGGACGACUUCAUGAAGGCGAGCGGCGGAGGAGGAAAAUCAGAGGCUUGUUUCAGGCGUAUGGAAGCUGCGGCGCUGCAGGUGACGCUCUGUGCGGCGGCAGAGGAAUGGCCGAGGGAAAUGACUGUAAAUGUUGGUGAGCGGUGGAUUUGGAUGCCGUUCGCACCAUUUUCUGGCUUCAGUGACAUCAAAUCAGCCAAGGCCAGAUACUUACAUAUUUUUCUAAAGACUAAUGUGCGACCUUUGCCUUUGAACACCACUGGUUACUGUUUGAAAGGGAAAUUAAGAAAGAAGAGAGCUGCUUUCCUCGUUUUAUCCUAAAUACUCAUUUUGUUGUUGUCUUUGUUCCACUUUAGUUAAACCUUUGAAAUUAGGACCUUGGAAAAAACUGCACUUGGGGUCAUUUUUACAGGAAGCUCCUAAAUAAUACUUGUUCUGGUGACAUUUGUUGUUAAAAACAGCCCAGCUUAUUUUCCUGUCACUUUAAAUGAUCGUAAUCAGAGGUUUUGACUGUCCCUUAAAUGUGAACGGCUUUUAAUGUCAAAUGUACCUGGAACCACUUUUAUGUGCUUGCUCAAAGCAAAUUGUUUACACUUUCCUAAUUGAGAAUUAGAAGAAAAAUGUAAAAAGUUGGUAAAGAUUUUUUUUUAAUUUGGAAAGAAGGUUGUUUUGUAUUCAGAACCGAGACCCUGAUGUUUCACAUGUAGGGAUGCACCGAUUGCUCGGCUGCUUAUUGAAAUCGGACCAUUUUCCAGCUUGGAAAAACAUCCAGUGACCAUCAGAACCAGCAUUAAAAAUUAGAUUUUUUUUUUAUAUAUCCCCGGUCAAUGAACACAGCAUAAUAAUUACUUUUGUCAAUUAACUGAAAGAAUUUUAGUAAAUAUCUAGAGAUGAACCUGGUUUGGAGAACAGUAGAGGAAGGACAGAGAAAACACUAACAGCAACAGUCAGAAGUUUACAUACACUCAUACUCACUUCCAGUCAUUUUGAAUUUUUUAAGUUUCAUCGGGGUGGAAUAAUUAUGCAACAUUCAUCUUCAGUAGUUUUUAGUUUUGAACAAUUUCAACAAUUUGACGAACAAGUGUCAAUGUUUCUUCUUUUCCAUCCACACAGGUGUGCAAUAAACACAAGGGAUGUAAACAACACUGAGAUUUAAACUAGAGAUUGACCGAUACAGGUGGCCGAUACCGAUUAUUCUGACACCAGACUAACCGAUACCGAUAUGUGCUGCUGAUUUUUUUUUGUUGUUUUUUUGGGACAAUUCUUGAGGCCGAUAUUGCUUUUUCUUCCUCUAUUUACAUGAUAAAAUAACAAUGAUAGCAAAUGUUACACAAGUAAUAAAAUUUGCGUUUAAACAAGCUAAUAUUAACAAUCAGUUUCAGACUGCAGGUUGAAAGCUACACAGAAUAAACAUAAAUCACUCUUAUGGCAGCGCUUUGCUCGCACUUAAUGAACAUGUCCCAGCGAGAAAAGAGCUUUUUUCAAUCCAAUGGAGAGAAGGACUUCACCGCUGCAGUGUAUGGACACUAUUUUAUGUAAAGUUUGAUGCUGUAUGCGUAGUGAUUGGUAAUUAUUUUUAUGUGGAUACAUAAUUUUUCCAUGGGAACAAACACACACGGCAUUAGCAGCUCGCCAGCUGGAGAUCAGACGUAGGUUUUUAGAUACAGAAACACUGUUUCUUCUCACUCACGGUGAGAAAGAUACAGACUUUCAAAGGCCGAAUCAGCUAAAUUAGACAAUUAAAAGGCACUCUUGUUGUUGGCAUCCAGUUUUACAACAUUACCAGCCGCUCUCUGCCAGGGAUGGAGCAGCAAUGUAUGCGCUUCAUGUGACAUCAAGGCAUGGCUGCUGAAUAUGCUAAUGAAUCGGUAUCGGCCGAUACUGAUGCAGGAAGAAAACGCAAAUAUCGGCCUGCCGAUAUAUAUCGGUCGAUCUCUAAUUUAAAUUCUACCCCACUAAUAUUUGGUUACAUGCACCUUUUUGUUGCUAUCAACGAGAAUCUGGAUUUUUGACCAAUUAUUUCUGUCAGGAUUUGUAGUUCAUUCAUUGGUUUUGUGAAUUCUAAGCAGCUUCAACAAAUUUACGGUUCCGUUUAGAUCAGGGUUUUCCACAAGCUUAAUGUUAACCAGCCUCAUCAAAUCAGCUUUAAUGUGUGUUUUGGGUCAUUUUUUCCAUUUAGAGCCUGUCAUGUCCUGCUUUCAGCCAACUAAAUCAUGUGUGUGGGCCCCAUACGGGGUUUUCUCAGACCCAGUUAGGCUGACUAAAAGUAAACCAUGUCUGCUAAACCAUCUGGUAUUAGAAAAUCUGUUCAAAUUAUGCAACGCACAUGGGUCCCAAUUUCUGUCCAGAGUUAAGAUAAAAUCUGUGUGGGUAAUCACCACAGGACUUUGAUGACGAUCAGUUUUCAGUCGAGCAACAAGGUGUUUAUUUUUUUCUAUUCUCCACCGUCUCAGUCGUCAUGCAACAGGGAGAGCGUCCCUGGUGGGCCUAAACCUGCUUCCUGGGUUAGUCCUGGUCCUGCUGAGGGGUCAGUCUGGGUGGAAUGGUUGAAACCUGGACACAAGGGGUUGUUCAAUCGCGACCAUGAAGCUUUCUUUUUAUCGAUCAAAUUUAAUUGGAUUAAAAAAUUUGAAUUGAUUCAGAAAAGAAAAAUCAGAUUCUGAAUCAAACUUUAUUUCGCCAAGUUCAGAGGGUAGAAACAAGGAAUUUUGAAUGGUGUGAAAACAGGCAGAACAGCAACUACAGGACUGUCUCAGAAAAUUAGAAUAUUGUAAUAAAGUUCUUUAUUUUCUGUAAUGCAAUUAAAAAACAUGAA